GUUAUGUACGGCCCAUAGAGAACAUAUAACACGCAUUGGCUACAGUAUAAGCCUGCACGAUCGAAUCUAGUAUGACCCAUCGAACUUGGCAUGGGGCUGAGACACACCAAAAUUCAACAGGCAAGGGUUUGCGGAAUGUGGACGAUGUGUUUAGAAGACUGAUAGAAAUCACUGACCAGGAAGCUUAUGUCAAAAGUGAACUCAUCAUGGACUGGAUUUCAAAAGCUCAACCAAAACAACACCAAGUGGACCAGGUAUUCUCUGAGAUAGCAGUGGAGUACCUCAAUAACAGCUAUGCAACCUUCCUUGGUGACGUUAUAAAUAGCUAUGGAUAUAAGAUUUCCGACUCAUACGAUCCAGGGAUGGCAUCCAGUUUCUACAACAGCAACAUGAUAGAAUUACCAAAAGAUAAGGUAGAUCAGCUACAAGACAAAGGCUACCAUGAGUUUGAUUAUAGUAAUAAUAUCAAAUGUCCAGUGACAUACUGUCCCUGUUUCAACCAAUACACCAUCCUGACACUCACCCCUGAAAUGGGUGAUAAACCUGGAUCAAGGAAUGCAGUGAUGAUUCAUCCAUUUUCAAAAUUGGAACACAAGAUCGACUAUUGGUAUUGUGGAGUUAUGACAAAUUCAAAAUGGAUGCAUGUCUCAUUUUUGAACAACAGUAAAGGAAGAGUUUGUAAAGCAAUGAGGAAAUCACAAAAUAUUUGGGUUGGAUUCCUUAUAAAGAAAAGGCAUUUCAUAGACUUAUCAGAAUAUUGGAAACUCUAUGAUGCACAGCACAUUUUGGAAAUUGGGAAACGAAAUGAGAUGCCUAGGCAAAUUCAGCUAGAUUUAUUGAUAACAUGGCUUCAGUUUCAUAAACCAGAAAAGGAUAUCAUGCAGAAGUUGUGGGACGUUAUGAGGAAGUUAGAUGGUAACUUUCACUACAUGAAAACAAUCGAGGAUUGUCUGAAAGACUCUGGUUACAAUAUCAUCAACAAAAUCAUCAAACAUGCUGAGGCAGAAAACAUAAUUUGGGUGAAACUCUCAAAAGGAAAGCAGCAAAAGUUAGCAAAAUCUGGAAACAUCCGGUUGGAAUGUAAGAUGAAAGGUAAAGGAGCAGAAACAUUGAACUCGAAAAUGAAGACGAAUUUAUGUGAGAUUACAAUCAGGUUGACUGAUUCUGUGCCAGCAUUAGAGGCUGAUGGAUAUCUAAUCCAAACAAAUGGCAGUAGAGAAUUUGAAAUAAGACAUUGCUUUGGACUAUCAAAAACACGGAAAGUAAUGAAAUUUGUAUCAUUCUAUUUGCACAGCAGAACAGAAUUGAUGAAGAUAUGGGGAAUAUCUGACAAAACCUGGAUAGGUUUUACUCUGUAGCUACAUCUCUGUGUUUUUUCAAUUACACCUGCAAGAUUUGGAUAUUUUAAAUUUCAAUCAAGAACAAGUUUUAUUAACAAAUGACACAAAAAGAGCACACAAAGCAUGUUAUAGAAUUACUAAUUAAAAUAAUUCAAUUUAACUAAACACAUUUUCUCUUUAAUAAUUCUUUAGUUAAUUUGUUUUUCAUUAUGUGAAGCCCAUUUGUUAAAAAUAUCUUUAUCCAUAACUGAUUUUGCAAAUUUCUGUCUGUCAGAUACAGAUUUCCAUUCUUCGAGCCAUUUUAAAAUGAUUAAUUCAUUCAGAUCAUCAGAAUUUAGCCCAGCAACUUUUUCAAGAAGAUAAGCAAGAACAAUUCUUUUUGCUCCAAAAGCAUCUCCUUUGUUCCAGCUGAUGGCCGUGUCUCUUUGUUUAAUUCCAAAUUCAAGUAUAAAUUUAAUUGUAGAUGUUUUCUGGCAUAUCAAUGAUGCAACAAUGUUCUUGCAUUCUGACUGGAUUUCUUUAUCUGAAGAAGUAGAUUGAUACAUCCACGUGGGAUGCUCCAAGGCGUAGCAACAUGUUUUAAUGAUAUCAACAGUGGACCAGUAACUGAGUUCUUUCAAAUCAAAAACCUGUCAUCAUUUUAAGCGUGCUUAAUGCGUAUUGCUGAUCUGUCAUUUCAAGGACUCCAGGAAACAUUCCAAGAUCUAAGAGCAUUAAAAACUCUUUGUGGUUGUUUUCAGCCAUGUUGUAAAUCAGGCUGGGAACGGAAUAGAGUGACUCUUUUAGACUUGUGCGUAGAAUUGGGCAGGCUAGAAUUUGGCCAAUUCGCAGUCUAGAUGCUUUAGCAUCACAUGACUGUCUUAGAAGGCCAAUUCCAUCAUGACAUUCUCCAGCUGUCAAGUUAGCAGUGGAACAUGAUGUAUAUACUAGCAGUUGUAUCAUGAGAAAUCCCAACCAUUCACCGCUAGUAUCACGAUGGGAAUUAAACUUAACUUCAAAGGCUUUCUCAUCAUAGCUAUUAUUAAACAAUGGACGCCCAUUAGGAUGCCUUAUUUUCAAACCAUAAAAGGUGAGUGACUGCAUAUCACCUAAAAGGAGGAACUGUGGAAGACCAGGACAAGCCCACAAAUGCUUUAGAAUAGCUUCAGAGCAUGUUGUUGACAAGAACAAUGCUCUUAUACUUUCCUUAAACUCACAUCCAACAUCAUUGAGUGUCUUUCCAAGGGCACUUCUUUUAUUUUGUGGCUUCAUGCCUUGUUUCAUAGCAAGAUGCUGGAAGCGUACCAAAACUGCUGCAGUAUUAUGAUCAAAAUUUUCAAGGCUUGUCAUUGAUGUCAAAAGCAGCUGAUAACACUGUUCUAAAGAGUAGUCAUUGAUAGCUUCAAAAUCUGGCUCAUUACAUAGUAGAUCAUGGAUGGGUAAAUGUAGACUUAGCGUUUCAGAAUUUGAAUACCAAGCACACUUGCACUUUGAGCAGUUGAUAAGACUAUCACUGGUUUCUAAGGUGACAUAACACAAUGGCUGACGAAGAAUAUCAAAAUACUCCAU